UAGCUACACGCAUUAGUAAUUAGAGCUUAAAAAAAAAAUAAUAAUAAAAAAUUCGGUGGGAAGAAAAUAAUAUGAUUUUAAAAAAAAUAGUAAUAAAAAUGUUUGUUCAUAUAUUUAUAUUGAUUUUUAUGAAUUGUGUAAAUAAUUGCCUGUGUUUUCAUGUGAAUUUUAAUGCAUUUUAUGGCGCACAACUCGAACCGUUUAAUACGCAAAUGCAAAAACGUGAAAUGGCGCAAUUUUUCGAUAAAGCCGCCUAUUCCUUCAAUGGACUCAGUAAAAUCGAAUCGGUACCGGUUUCGUUCCCGCUUGACAUUUGCAUACUCGCAUUGGAAGGUGUAAAAUAUGCAGCCUCAUUGCAUAGAAACAAAAAUGGUGUGCGGCAUUUAACAGUUUACAAGAAUGUGAAUAACAACUACAGCGAACUGCACAACAUUGCCAUGCCCAAUGCAGUCGCCAUGGAUUGCAAGGCGCUCGGUACGAAGGGCUACAUUGCGUUGGCUUUCAAUCUAACACAAACGAUAGAUAACGCACGAGAUGGCUCACCGAUUUACCUGCUCACCGCCGACGAUCGCCUACGCGCCGUACAAUUCUUCGGCACUAAAAAUCUGUAUUCGAUUUACUUACGCACCACCGCGAACGAUUUGUUUAUGUUGCAAACAUUGCGCAGCAGCGAUGAGGCGCCGAAUCCACGUUGCCCCUACUAUAAGUGGUCGGGUACAUCGUUUACACUGCUCGCACGCAUACCAUGCAGCAAUGCGCGUCAUGUCGAACCGUUCGCCAUUAACUAUGAGAAUUAUGUGGCGUUGGCGAACUAUGCCGAUCAAAAGGGACGCACCACAACAUAUUCGGAAAUUUAUAAAUUUGUACGCGAAACGAAACGUUUUCAGCUCUUCCAGAAGAUACGCACCUACGGUGCGGUGGAUGUGCGUUACUUUAGUGCACCGUUAGAUGAGGUGAGGCGACGCCAUUUCCUUGUCUUUGGCAAUUCGGUUAGCCGCAGUAAGAGUGCGGUACGCGGUGAGGACACUAAAGAGGCGGAUUCGGUAUUUUACGUCUUCGAUAAAGGACAAUUCGUGCCUUAUCAGAGUUUAUCGCUGUAUGCGGUGGAGCAAUUUCUGCCAGUACAGAAUGUAGAUGCUGAGAAAUUUUUACUGCUGGUGGCUUGCAAGGAUCAGGAUACAAAAAUUUAUAAUCUGAACGAUUGGAAAUUCGAACCUUCGAAUGUGCAAUUUACCGAAGGCGCUUUGGGGCGUGGCGUAUCGAAGAUGAGAAUUCAUCAAGAGAGCGAAAAAAGCUAUUUAGUCAUCGCAAAUGAGAAAAUGACCGAAAAUGACACGAACAUUUUUCAGCCGAUCUUCAAGCAAGACGAGCACGCGAAUGCUUUACGCCAACAGAUAAUCGAUUGGACUAAAACGCAGAUAGAGCGUUUGGCACAAAUCGAUGUUAGUAAAUUGCAAAAGGAUGUAGAGGAAAAACUGUCACAACAAGGUCAACGCCCGAACAUCAACACGCAAGUGCCAGUUAUACCACAGGCCGAUAUACAAACUGUGAACACAAAUUCGUUCGUUUAUCCGAAAACGCAUUUCACAAGCCACUAUUGGCAGGCGUUGCAUUUCGCCACCCAAGCAAUGGAUGGCAUUGAGGCUGAGCUCAAAUCAGUCCCCAACAAGCGGCUUAAGCGUGCCACGCCCACAACUGCAGCCAACAAGGAAUUCGACAAUAUUCGAGUCGACACACUUGUUGUUAAGCACAAGCUGGAGGCCCACCGUGUGAAUGAUGUUGAGGCAAUACGUCCCACAUUUGAGAAAGUUCAAGCUAAAAAGGUGCGUGUAACUGGCAGAUAUCAAGCGAAGCAGCGUACAUUGGAGGAAGACGUCUCCAACUCGGCAACACCAAGAGUUUUGGCGCCUACAUUAGCAGUCAAGAAUUUGCAAAUUAAUGGCCAUUUGAAUGAUUAUGAAUGGAACGAUUUGCUAAAUUAUACAUUGAAGCGUAACGGUCUGCAGUCGCUUGAACAACCGACGCAUAUAGGUAAUUUAGUAGCGGAAUCAGUACGCGUGUUGAGCGCUGUUAUUGAUGGCAAUAAUUUGAAUGAUCUCAUACCAAUCGAUGCUGACGACGAAGUUGCUGAGGAUCACACAUAUAUGGUUAAUCAAUCAGUACUGUUUGAAGCACCUGUAAAAGCUAAGGAGUUAUUUGUAGAAGAGCGUCUAAAUCAUAUACACGUGCAACAAAAUAAACUAAAUGUGCUGCUGAAGAAACUGCCAAAUAUAACACAAGUGAUUGAAGGUGUAAAGACUUUGGAAAAUGUGCACAUUUUGCAGCCGGUUACAAUGGCGGUAAGUGAUAGGGGUCGUACGUUGGGUUCAAGCUUACAGUCCUUGUCCUCACAACAAAUCAUACACGAUGACCUUAUACUCAAUGGUGAUUUUACUAUAAAAGGCGACGCAAUUAUAACCAAUCUUCUAAGUGUCGGGGACUUUUUGGAUCAAACCACCAAAAUGAGUACCAAACAGACAUUGGAAAAUGGUAUCGAUAUAACACAGACGCUAGAGAAUGUCAAUAUUAAAUUUGAACAGCCAUUGGAAGCGAAUAAUACAUUAUUAGCAUUCGUCAAUGCAGUGGACUUGCAGCAACUAAUUAAAACAAAUUUCAAAAGCCUACAGGUGAUUGAGGGUGAGAAGCACUUCAAGCAGACACUCGAAAUAUGCAGAGGUUUCAGUGAAGUCAAACAUUUAAAUGGUGUAGAUAUUGAAAAAUUACCCGAACGUUUUUUACUUAAGUCUGCAAACCAGAAUAUCAAGGCACCACUGAAUUUGGGUAGUAUACAAACGUCCAGUGUUGUCGCUCACGAUUUAAAACUGCAGGAUAAAGAAAUUAAAGCAUAUGUCACCAGCAACGGACACCAGCAUUUGCCCGGUACACUAACAGUGGGCAAGUUAAAUGCACAAUAUUUGGACAUUGAACGAUUGCAUACUAAUGGACGUGUUUUGGGCAAGUCAACGAACUCUGCUUACGAACAGCCACUGAUUGCGCAGUUAUUGUCUAACAUGACAAUAGGCACUGACUUGUUAGCACCAAAUCAAAAAUUCUCGAACACUAUAUUUGUAGGUAAUUUACGUUUGGGUAAUGGCAGCAUUAAUGGACGCCCAAUUCAUGCAAUUGAAAAACAGCUGCAGCAUCUAAAUGCAGAUAUACAUUUUGAAGGGAGUUAUAAAUUCAACUAUAAUAUGAAUAUAAGCCAUUUAACAUUUCAUGGCAAAUUGAAUGAUAUACCUGCAACGGAAUUUGGUCACAGUUGGUUGCAGAAAAGUGGUCGGCAAGUUUUUACCUCCCCUCAAAGCUUAUCGGACGUGAAUUGUCUGAAAGAAAUGCAACUUGAAGGCACACUUAAUAAUCAUCAAAUAGACGAUUUCUACGCUAAAACUUACUGGACCAAUCGGAAUGAGUACAUUGAUGCUAUGGAGUUUCAAAAUCCCAUUCAAAUGGAAGCACCGCUUAGUACAACCACGUUAAAUGGUAUACAUGUACCUCUGGAUAUAAUUAAUGCCAACUCUACUGCACCGCAAACCUUAUAUGCUAGCGCAUCCAUUCACGGUCAGCUUAACGUAUUAGGCGCUGGUGGUAUUUACAAUGUAUCUACCUUGAAUGGUAUAAACUUGUGGGAAUUAGAAAGAUUUCUCAAAGGAGUUGGAGAUAAUACUUUUCAUGUUGAGCAUGCCAGCUUUGGCCAGACGCCACUAUAUCACACUUUAAAUCGAUACGAAUUGCCGUUGUUGCUGGACAAAGUUUGGCUGGCCAAUGAAAACGUUCGUCUGAGUCAACAUGUCGAAUUGACAAAUGCUACUUUUGAUGGUUUAUUGGAAUUUGAGGGUUUGGUAAAUAACAUAAAUUUGCAAUAUUUGAAAGCAAAUUAUUUGAGUUUAUCUCGACCACAAGAUAUGCACACUGAAUUGAUUCUGGCCAGUGAGGCAAAGUUCGAAGGUGAAUUAUCUGCCAACAACGUACGACUGACUGGAUUACUAGUGGAAACUAGCAGAAAUUCUGCCAUGAAUUUCAACGAAUUCGUUGCUAAUACACUGAAAACAGAUGGACCCCAUGAAAUACGCGCUAGCUGGAGCUUAGUAAGUGCGCUAGUACAAGAAGAUUUGCAUAAUGUACAAAUAAACAAUUUGAAUUUGGCAAAUGAUGUGUUGCGUCUGGACACACCUUGUGCACCGGUAACCGCACCAAAACACUUAAGAAAAACCAAUAUUCGGAAACUAUAUACCACACCUAGCAGUACCAUAAAUGGUAUACAAGUAAAUGAUUGGAUGCAAACGGCCGUUUACCUGCAAGACAAUCACACAAUUAAUGGUAACAUCACACUCAACACCGUUAACAUGUACCACGAUUUGAGUGUAUUAGGCACCGUUAAUGGGGUCUCCGAUUUCAACGAACAAACAUUAUUGUUACGUAAUAUACCAAACCAAAUCUUACAUGGAGAUAUGUAUAUUAAUAGUAUGCUAUCAAAAAAUCCGCGUAUAUUAGUAAACAGUUUUGAAAAUUUAUAUGUCCACAAUGUCAAUGGGCAACCAGUAGAUGUAUUCUAUGCGCAGUGCGCAAACAUUUCCAAAGUGGUAAUCGUUGACGGAACUUUGGUCUUUCUGCAACCGUUGGUGGUACAGAAGUACCAUAAUCGCGCUACAACUGAAGUCAAAUGGAAACGUAGCACAUCAACAGUAAAUGAAAUUAUAGACAAGAAUAGAAUGACUGAGAUGCCCAGCUGGAAGUCUAUACUUACAACGGUGCAACAGUUGAAAGAGUUUAUCGAUGCUUCCUACUAUGUCUUGAAAACCUUUGAAGUGCGCCAAAGUUUAUCCGUUAAUGCUACUAAAAUAGUACAUUUCAAAUUGAAAGAAGACAACAGCAGUGUCCAGGAUGUUAUUGGUAUAGUGAAUGGAAAUGAUGAGCAGUCGCCUGUAUACUAUAAAUGGUCAUUAAGAGAAAAAAAAUUUCAACAGCUUCAAGGUCACACUUGGCUUCCACAACAGGCAGCGUUAAUUGAAUUGGUGCCGAUUUUAUUUAGUGAGGCUGCUGAUGAAUUUAAUGUCGCAGUUUUAAAUAAAUCCAAUUCGAGUUAUCUAUUAUCAAAUCUAAGAUUAAAUUUAGAGCACUUGAUACAGGGUGAGCAACUUUUUUCAAACAUGAAACCGCUUACAACGGCUGGAGAGCACUGUUUUGCUAUACCAGAAAAGACAAACGAUGAUUUAACUAAAGUAUUUUGUAUCAAUAAAGAAUUUGAGCCUCAAUUGCAGAUCUACGAAAAGUUUGCGAUUCCAAGGGAUGGUAUAAAAGAGUUUCAACAAGUAGACAAGCACACAAUAGCGUUUUUGCAACCCGAAAGCGUUGAAAUAUGGACAAUACAUCCCGUUUUAACGUUCAAACAACGUUUAUUUAUACCAAAAGCCACGAAACUUGCAAGUGCCAUAUUCAAUAACAACACAUAUUUAGUUAUACAAUCCGAGAAACAAGCAAACAGCUUGCAUAGUAGCACAUUGGAAAUUUACUGUUCCACAAAUUCAACAAAUUUUGUUCAUAUGCAAACCUUGGACUGCUCGGACAUUAUACAGAUAUCGUUCGGAAAAAUUGCGCGCACUGAAGACUUGCUAUUAUUCACCUUAAGACGAAAUAUUGAUGCGCCACUAACUGUAUACCAGUACAAAGGUGUAUCGGGCUUCCAACAAAUUGUAGGUGCAACUACCUUGCCGGCAAUACACGCAUAUCAGUUGUUACAUUUAGAGAAUGCGGAUAAACCAAUAAUUGCGCUAAUGACUAGCGAAGGAUUGUUAUUUGUGGAAAUAGUUUUGAGAAAGUUUUAAAACAAUUGUCAAUUUAAAAUUUUUUUCUGUAAAUAUAGUAGUAAGAUAAAUUAAUAAAAUGAUCGUAUAACAGUA